AUGGGGCUUCAGUCUGGACCCAGCCAGGGCCACUCCUUGGGGCCACAGGGGCAUGGUGGUCAGGACAAGCCCUCCUUAUCUGCCUGGCCAAGCCCUGUAGUUCUGCAAGGACAGCAUGUGAAUCUUCGGUGUCACUCCCAUCUUGGGUUUGACAGAUUCAGACUGGACAAGGAUGAUGGAGCCCACAUCACUGAGCUCCGGGACCUAAUAUUCCAGAACAGCUUCCUCCUGGGCCCUGUGACCCCAGCACAUGCGGGGACCUACAGAUGUCAUGGUUCUUACAGACACUCCCCCUCUGUGUGGUCAGCACCCAGUGACCCCCUGGUCAUUGUGGUCACAGGAGUCUACAGAAAACCUUCCAUCUUGGCCCAGCCAGGUCCCCUGGUGCAAUUGGGACGAUAUGUGACCCUGCAGUGUUGCUCAGAGAUCGUGUUUGACAGCUUCAUUCUGCACAGAGAGGGGGUAAUGGAGAACCCCUUGCACAUUAUUGGACAGCCCCAUGAUGGGGGCUUCCAUGCCAACUUCUCCGUGGGUCCCAUGACAACUGCCUAUGCAGGGACCUACAGAUGCUUCGGUUCUAUCAAUUACUCCUCCCAUGAGUGGUCGACCCCCAGUGACCCCCUGCACAUCAUGGUCACAGGACUAUACAAGAAACCUUCACUCUUAGCUGGGCUGAGCCCCGUGGUGAGGUUAGGGGAGAAUGUGACCCUGUUCUGCAGCUCUGAGAGCUCAUUUGAUGUGUACCAUCUAUGCAGGGAGGGGGAGGCCCGUGAAUGCUGGCUUGCUGGAGGACAGAGCCAUAAUGGCACAUUCCAGGCCAUCUUCCCUCUGGGCCCUGUGACACCAGCCCACAACAAGACCUAUAGAUGCUACGGCUCUUUAAAUGUCUCUCCCUAUGGGUGGUCAGACCCAAGUGAUCCACUGCGCCUUUCUGUCACAGGAAACUCUUCAAGUAGUUGGCUUCUACCCAUAGAACCAAGCUUAGACACUGGUAACUCCAAACACCUGCAUGUUCUGAUUGGGACCUUGGUGGCCAUCAUCUUCCUUGCUAUCCUUCUUUUCUUCCUCAUUCAUCGCUGGUGCCCUGCCAAAAAGAAUGCUGCUCUAAUGGACCAAGAGCCUGAGGCGGACAGAAUGGUGAAUAGAGAGGACCCUGAAGCAGAAGACUCACAGGAGGUGAUAUACGCACAGUUGGAUCAUUGGAUUUUCACACAGAAAGGAGUCAUCCCCACUUCCCCGAGGCCCAAGAAAGCCUCAACUGUUACCAGUGUGUACAUGGAAUUCGCAACAAGCUAAGACCAGAUCAAGGAUUGAAUCCUAUUCCCUGAACACACAUAGAAAGACCUUGAGGAGGUCAUCCAUUGAUGCCAUAGCUUUUUCUCAAACUCAGCUUGACAGCUCCAUUGUAGCAACAGCUGGAAUCUGAAGACAUAGGUCUUCAUCUCUAGGGUCAUCACUCUUCAUCAGAGUGUCAUAUCUAAAAUCUCAGGACCCCUUAGAAAACCCCCCAGCCAUUCUAGGAUGCUAUUAUGAUGAUCCAGCCAUUUCUAAGAUUGUCAACAAAAUCACCUAAGCCUUCUAGAAAUCCAACCAUAAUUGGACCACUUUCUCUGACAUUCUACUGAUGAGAUUCU